AUGACUUUGCCUUAUUUAACAGAUGAUUGUAUUUAUUCCAUUUUACAACACCUUCAAAAUGAUCGUUCAACUUUAUUUAAAUGUUUAUUAGUUAAUCGAUUUUGGUGCAGAUCAACUAUUCCUUUACUUUAUGCAAAUCCUUUUGAAAAUGUUAAAACUGAAAAAAAUUAUUCAAUAACCUUGACCUUAAUUUUUUGCUUUAAUAAAGCAGAAAUUUUACAAUUGAAGAAACAACUUGGAUUAAGCCAGAUUAAUAAUAAUAUUAAUUUUGAUAAAGAACACAACCCUUUAUUUGAAUAUCCAAAAUAUUUGGAAAAUUAUAAUAGUAAAUUAAUAAAUUCUGUUAUUUAUGGAUGGUUUGCUAAAUAUUGUUCAGAUUUAUUAAGUUCUCAAAAAAUAUAUAAAGAUAUUAUUCCGAUAUUUCAUCAAUCAAUUUUACGUCAAAGUAGAAACAUUAAACAAUUAGAUAUUUUAUUAUAUUUAUUUUAUGAAGAAAGUUUUAAAAACUUUAACAUUCAAAACUUCACUUCAAAUUUAACAAAAUUAAAUUCAUUAUCAUUAGAAUUUAAUUCAAAAGGAGAAAUUGAACAAGAAUUUUUAAAGAAUAUAGCAAAUAUCUGUACAAAUUGUAGAAAAUUAGUAAUUCGUUUUCCUCAAACUAAAAGUUCACCAUUUCAUGACGUAUCCAAUAAUUUGAUUGAUAAUACUACUAUUAUAGAAAAGCUUUGUAAAAUUAUUCAAGUGCAAAACAAACUUAAAAUGUUUAAGAUAUGGAAAUGUCAUUUUUUAUUAAAUAACAUUCUUUUGUCUUUAGGAUUUCAAAAGCAUUCUUUAGUUCACGUUGAAUUCAUAGGCAUCGAUUUUAGUAAUGUUAAUUUAAAAAGCUUUAAUGAUUUAUAUAAUUUAGAAUAUUUAAAAUUUGGAUAUUGUAAAGGUAUAUUAUUAAAUCAAUGUGAGAGUUUAAAUUUUUCUUCGUUUAAGCUCAAGGAACUAUUAUUUAUAUGCAAUUAUUGGAAUAUUGGCGUCACAUCUUUAAUGAUCAAAUAUCUAGGUGCAUCAUUAAAAAGAUUAUCCAUUGAAAGCCCAAUUAUUUCUCUUAUUGAAAAUAUAUCAAUGUAUUGUCUAAAUCUUAUUUUUUUAAAAAUAAGAAUUAAUUUUCAUAUUGAUUUAUCAGUGGUAGAAUGUUUUAAAAAUUUAAGAACAAGAGCAUUAAGUCUUAGUAUUCUUUAUGAUAUUAGAUUUUUUGAAUAUUUAGCAAAUAAUAUAUCUAUUAGUAUUAGUGAAAUUUCUAUUUAUAUUAAUUCUUGUGAUACCGUUAAGUUUAAGGAAUUUUUAGAGAAUUGUCAUGGUAGUUUUGAAGUGAUUAAUUUAAAUCAGAUUAUUGGAUUAGAAUUACUUAAAAUUGUUUUAAAUUAUAUUGAAAGAAGUAACAAUUAUUUAAAAGUUCUUAGUAUGAAAUUGGAUAAAGAAUUGAAUGAUGAGGAAUUAAAAUUAUUGAAUCUAAUUAAAGCUAAAGGAAUUGAAAUAGUGGAAUUUAAUGAAUCGGAUUAA